AUGGUGGAAAUCAAAUAGAUAAUCGCUGCACGAUAACACGAUAAGUCGAUAACAGAGAAUCAAUCCAUUUUAUAAUGACAAUUAACAUAGAGAUGCAAAGCAAAUUCAAAUAAAGCAAACGUAUAAAAAGGAAAAAAAAAGCUAAAGCGAAAAUAAAAUAAAAUUUAGAAAUGAAGGAUGAGGAUGGCCUUCCAAUAUCGACGCCGACGGCACCUUCAUCAUCGUUCACAACAGCUUGCACGCUUUCCAAGAAGGAAACUUCUUCUUCCUCCUCCUAUUCCGCCAUUUUCGGUAGAGAUCGUUAUAAGUUUUGGGCUUUUGCGGCUAUCUUAUUGUUAGCUUUUUGGUCUAUGCUUACCGGUACUGUUACUCUCCGUUGGUCCGCCGGUAACCUCAAUGCUAUCUCCGAUGACAUCGAUAUUCCUCUUCCCGAAGAUCUCGACGUUCUCGAAAUGGAAGAAAGGGAGAAGUUAGUGAAGCAUAUGUGGGAUGUAUACACAAAUAGCCGUGGGAUCAAAUUGCCGAAGUUUUGGCAGGACGCAUUUGAGGCUGCAUACGAGGAAUUAACCAGUGACGUUCCUGGAGUAACGGAGGAUUCCAUUUCUGAGAUCGCUAAGAUGUCUGUACGCUACAUUCCUAUUGAAUCACCGCCUCUUCGUUCAUCGGGAAUACGUGAAUUAAGUCUAAGGCAAAUGAAGACGGAGCAAACAACUGCAACAGGAAGAAAGUUAUGACUUGGAGACUAUAAUAUCAAGAAUCCUCAUUUGCAUGGUCAAUCGCACACAUAAAUGAUGGUUUAUGCCAUCUGCUAUCUGGUAUUGACGAAAGGGAGCACUUGUGAAAAGAUUAACACUGAGGUUCAUUGCAUUUUCGCUAUUAUGGAAAAACGAUUAUCCUCUUAAGGAUUUCAUACUUGUAAAUUUUUUCUCCUUUUAAGUUUUCUGUCUUUCCAACAAAAGCACAUGUUGAUGAAAACUCAAACGGUAUCGUGAUUGGAUCAAUUCAUCCAAACGAAAGGGAGUUUGUUGCUAGUA